AGCAACUCGGGCACCUCCGCUUUUAAACUUCCCAGACACCACUUUGCCUCUAACUCGUAAACCAUUUGUUUUGAACCAUCAUUGACCCACCUUGUCUCGCAGGCGAUGACUGUUAGCCGACCGUCCCACCAUGCCGCCCGUCAAGGCUGAAUCCCCUCAAACACCCACUGCGCAGCCCAUAACCCCGAGCAAACGACGACGACAGCCUGCAGAAUCCGAUGACGAGUGUAAUCCGAGCAACUCUUCGCCAAUCAAGAAGCCCAGAACACCGAGAAGGAUACCUGCAGCACGGAACAAGGCACCCACAACACCCGCCGAGGCACCGCAAACACCAAGAAGCAUAGCUAGAACCCCAAGGGCAGUGCCGCGGACACCGUCCCAACAGCUGAGCGAUGCCCAACGUGCUCAAAAGGACAAAUGGAAAACCGAAUGGUUCGAAUGGGUUGUCCGUAGCCUAUGGACAAAAGCAAACAACUUCAAACACCCAGUGGGAACGUAUACAAUCUAUCGGAUAAGGGCUAUGAAUGCUUUCCCCGUCACAGAGGGAGAGCUGGACACUCUUCCGUACCAAACACUUCCCAAUAUCAAGAAUCGCUCCAAUCCCAUACGCUCCUACUCGCAGGAAGAUGUUCGGCUCUUGGCGUGCCGCAAAUAUGCCAUGCUAGCGGGAUUACACAAGCAGGGUCUCCCCGAAGGAGAACUACUGCGACGUGGCGAGCCGCUCUCAAGCCAAAAACAGCUCGAACGUCACCAGGCCCACCCCAAUUCCAGAAAUAUACUACCGCCCGGUUCCGCGUCCCCCGGGAGGCCGGUAGUCACGAGCAACCCCUUGUAUAUUCCGAUUGCGCGUGUUGAGACUUGGCAGGAGCAAGUCUGGCGGCAAGGGGGGAUUGUGCGCUAUCAAGCCAUGACUCAAUUCGACCCAGAAGAACAAGGCGAUUACGAUGACUGGGAACAAGGCGAUGGCAGUGACUUCUACGACCCCGCUCCCUUUACCUGAGAAACCCUCUGCCCCGAAUAGAGAUCAUGACGCCCAGUGAGAAACUUGUAUUCCGAGCGGCUCUACGGAAUGGGGUGGUACGGUGCGUUGGGUUUAUGUAGAGCUUGUGAUGGCCUUACUAUGGAAUAUUGUGUUAUUUGUGUGGAUACCGGAUGCUUCGGCGCAAAGGUCAAACUCAUAUUUUUGUCCUCUGUUCGCAUUCCUCAAAAACUGUUGGUCCUCGAGAUUGUGUGAAGUUGCAACGCUAUUCAUGCUAUUGUGCAAUUCAGAAAACCCUGCCUCCUGAUCACCUUGUGGUGAACGAGAUCGCAAAGCGAGACCC